AAACCCCGUGGGAGGAGCCGAGGAAGCGAAAGGAAAGCCUCGGGGCGGGUGGCACCCGGGGCCUGGGGCGGGCAUGGAGCUGCGGGCGCUCCGGCUGCUCUGCUGCUGGAUCUGGUGCUGGUUCUGGUGCUGCGGCAGAGGCCUCGGAGCCGGUCCCGGUGCCACCUCCACCCCGACGGGACCUCGGAGCAGCGAGCAACAGGCAGCCGCCUUCCGGGAAAGUCGUAAUAGACAUCGAUACUUGAAUUCUUUAUUUCCUAGAGAAAACUCCACUGCCAUCUAUGGAAUAAAUCAGUUUUCAUAUUUGUUUCCUGAAGAGUUUAAAGCUAUUUACUUAAGAACCAAAACUUCCAGAUUUCCCCGCUACUCCCCGGAAGUAUCAAUGCUCAUCUCCAACAUGUCUUUGCCAUCAAGAUUUGACUGGAGAGAUAAGCAUGUUGUAACACAAGUGAGAAACCAGCAUGCGUGUGGAGGAUGCUGGGCUUUCAGUGUGGUAGGUGCAGUGGAAUCAGCAUAUGCAAUAAAAGGGAAGCCUUUGGAAGACCUAAGUGUGCAGCAGGUCAUUGAUUGCUCAUAUAAUAAUUACGGCUGCAAUGGAGGGUCUACUUUUAAUGCUUUGAACUGGCUAAAUGAGACGCAAGUAAAACUGGUGAGAGAUUCGGAAUACCCCUUUAAAGAACGGAAUGGCCUGUGCCAUUACUUUUCUGAUUCACAUGCUGGAUUUUCAAUCAAAGGUUAUUCUGCACAUGACUUCAGUAACCAAGAAGAUAAAAUGGCAAAAGCACUUCUUACCUUUGGUCCUUUGGUGGGCAUAGUAGAUGCAGUGAGCUGGCAAGAUUAUCUGGGAGGGAUAAUACAGCAUCAUUGCUCUAGUGGAGAAGCAAAUCAUGCUAUUAUCAUAACUGGGUUUGAUAAAACAGGGACUACUCCAUAUUGGAUUGUGCGGAACUCAUGGGGAAGUUCCUGGGGAGUGGAUGGCUAUGCCCACGUCAAAAUGGGAAGUAAUAUUUGCGGUAUUGCAGAUUUUGUUUCUGCUGUAUUUGUAUGACUAAUUGAUCAAAUCAAGAGACAACUACCAAAAUGAAGAUUCCUAAUGAAAUGUAGCAUGGUAUUUCAUUCUCAGCAUUAUUCACCUUUAGGUUUUAGCAACUAGGUUUUAACAAAAGGUUCUAAGACCAAUAGUGCUUAAGCCAAGUUAUGGCAUGUCCCCUUCUUAUAAAGAGAUGGGCAACCAUAGUCAGUAGGAAGAACACCAGCACCAUGGCUUGGGAAACAAUUUCCUACGCUGGAGUGAAUGUUGGAUUAAGAUACUUUAGGUCUCUGCUUUGAAGAGGCUAUUAUCUGGUUUUGUUUAAUUGCUGUUUUUGUUUGUUUUUUAUUUAUUUUCAAUGUCAUUAAAGAGCUGAUAAGAAUUUAUUUUCCUUGUAGGAUAUAAUUACUGCCUUACCUUACCCCAACAUAGAAGAAUAGCCAACCUAAAGUUAUGUGUGCCUCUCACAAUUAUACUCUUAGCUCUCUGAGCUGAAAUGUCAUAAGGAUUUUGAAAUACCAAUAGCUUUACCUCAACAAAUAGUACUUACUCCUUGAAUUGUAGGAAGAUUAUGAAGCAGAAAACAAAAGGACAAGACCAUUUUUUAAGAGAUGGAAAUUAAGUGACAAUAAAUUAUAUGGCAACUAUGUGACAAGAACUCAACUAGCAUUACCUGAGAAAAGAUUAUUAUUUUGAAAUUUUCAUUGUCAAUAGGAUGCCAAGAGACUUCAUUUCCUUACUUUGGAUCUCAUUAUAUUAAAGGACAAUGCUUUCUUCCAUAUUUUCCUACUCUCUUUCUCUUACUCUUUACUGGGACACUCUUAAAUUCUCCUGGUGGUUUGACUUCCCUGGCUAAGAAGUCUCAUUGUUUAUUUUUCAUUUCCAUUCUACAACUAUUUCUUUUUAUUCAUCUAAGCCACCAACAUCAGACGCUCACCUUUCUCUUCCUCCCAUCAUUUGUAGGCAACACUCCUUUCAAAGUCUAAUGCCAUUAAUCUGGGUAUUAGUCAGAAUGUGAGUUUCUCAGGCUCACUGUUUUUUGUGUUUUGUUUGUUUGUUUUUCAGUUUUCUGCUUAUGUUUCCGGGAAUCUCAUUCUAACUACUUUUUUAUGUGCAUCCAUUUGGCUUUGACCUGGUUCCUGGUUCUUCAUGCCCAUGUUCUCUCUUGCUUAAGUAAUUAUGUGUGCCUGUGCAAGAACCUCAUAGCAUAAGAGCUGAUCUUUUGAUUUUACAACUAUAUUAAAUGAGUUAUAUAAGAAUAUAAGAAAAUCUAAUAAAUAUUACAUAUAUAUUUCUUCUCUAAAAUUCAUGGUCACUUCCUAAUAUAAAAUAUAAAAACACACACACCCAAAAACAAACAAACAAAAAAACACACAAUAAAAAUAAACACACAGAGUUUUAAAUGAAGCAGCAACCACUGAAAUAAUUGAGAACAUCCUACUCUUCCUUUUUUCCCUUUUUACUUUUAGUUAUCCACUCAUAUUAUUAGAAAAAUAAAAUAACAAAACAAAAUACUGUAUUUUUUUUAUACCAACCAGAA